CUAGUAUGGAUUGGUCACUCAAGUAUCCCCACUGAGAGAGACGAUCUUUCAUGGCGGAUUCGAAAAAAGUCGACGCUCUAGCCUUCCGAUUCUCCAAGCUGAGAGAAAAAUGCAUCAGAUCCGGAGAAUCUAUUGAAAAUAUUCGAUGGGAGUUCUUGCGAGAUGUUCAUCGAGUUCCAAAAACUCAAUCGAAAGAAAACGAAAGCAGUUUUUUCGCAUGGAACAAGAUAAUUUGGUUUCUUAUCCUGCCCGCAAUCGCUUUGUUGUUGUGUCAGUUGAUUUUGGAAUACAACCCAGACUCUAAAUGCCUCAUUGAGCCAGAUUUCGUGGUUUUGAACGAGAUGGCGCGCAAACCAACCAACUGUUCGCUGCUUUGUGAAGGUGUGAAUGAAAUACAACGGGUCGCUAAUCUUUCUAAGGAGGAGUUCAUCUCCACAUACGCAUAUUCAGGAAGACCUGUGGUUAUUACCGAUGCUGCACAAAACUGGUCAGCCGUGGGUGCGUUCAGUUUCAAGUUUUUCAAACGCCUUUACGCUAAGAGCGAUGAGGCAGAUUUAGAUAACGUCGACGAGGGAUGCAUGUUUUUCGCCUACAAAUCCGGUUUUCAGUCUCUAGCAGAUGCUUUAAGAAUGUCAAAUAAAAGGGCACAAUGGAAAGGGAAGCCGUGGUAUAUUGGCUGGUAAGUAUGGCCCCUUGGAGAAUGGAAGAUACAUGAUGAAGAUUAAAAUGAUUUAAGUUAUUUUCAAAUUUCAUAAAUAUGGGUAGUGCACUUACCGGGGAAAUCAAACUGAUUCAACCUUCGUAGAUUUGUUGAAUCAAAAUCAUCAUUUCGUGCAUGCGAUAUGUGAUAGCUAAUUUUUUCACUAUCUACCCCGGCCUCUCCCUCAAAUAGACAUUGUCAGUGAUUGGUCUGUCACAAAUGCGUACCUAGUUGAGAGAUUUCCGUCAUCGUGAUCACAUCUUUCUCAUGAUGGACAAAAUACUUUGAUGGAUAAAAUACUACUAAAAAUUAAAAGCUUUCUCGGCCUGUCACAAUUAUUUUUGCUGAUAAUUCAGAGAAAUUAUAGGGGCAUUUUCCAAGUAGCUGAAAAAUGUUUCUCACCGUGACGUCACGCCUCCGAGUAGUUUCCAGUUCAGUUGAUCGAGACGAGAAUAGCCCGCAGAGCAGGCGUAAUUUUGGCGGGCGAGUGUUCAGUGUUACCUCGGUGAAAAUAUAGCUGCCACCGUCUGGGAAGGCUGAGGAGAGAAAGAAAUUUGUCUAAAGGGGAUGAGCAGCGGUCAAAGAGAAGGAGAGGGGAAGGGGUAGGGCAAUUCCUUCCCUAGUCUUUCGUCAUUUAUUUCAUUACAAGAGUGACCACAAAAAAACCCAAUGAAUAACAAUGAUAUUUAAAAAAUUCUCCUCAAAAAGGGUUGAGUUUCAAGUGAUCAAAGGGACCAUAAUAGUGUUAUUAUGCCUCUCUCUUUUUUUUUUACAGGAGUAAUUGUGAUCCCAAUGUCCGUCAGAUAUUGCGCAAAUACUAUGACAAACCUUACUUUAUACCACAUGACGCGGAGACAGGCGAUCAAGACUGGAUAUUUAUGGGAGGGCCUGGACCUGGUGCGCCCAUACACGUAAGUAUCACGUGACAAAACCUUCUCAAAUCGGGAAUACAGUCGGAUUUGUAUUAAGUGAGGAGUUGCAGAGUGAUCGUUUAAUACAGGUUGACCAGUUUCGCAGAAGAGGGGUUUUAUAAAGAACGAUGAAAAACGCCAUUUUAUGCAAUGAUUGACUUAAUGUAUAAAAUACUCGCUCAAAGAUAUUUCUAACAUUGAUUUCGGAGAUAAACUGAACAUGGAUAAAAAUGCAUUGACAGAUUAUUCUUAGUUUUAUUUGAGUGGUCUGCUUUAAGUGACCCUUCAAUACAGGUGGAGGACUUUGAAAACCGACCGCUUAAUAAUACGGUGCCGCUAAAUACAGGUUCGAUUGCAGAUCAUUUUUUUUCUCAAAUAAUUGUUCAUGCAGUUUUGAAAUUUGACAAGUUACAGAGAAGAAAUAAACGCAUUCGGCUUCUUUGCUUCAUACAAACCUGUAGCUUACCAGAAGGAGGGGAGCUGGUUUUAUCAUUCUUGACUAAUUUAUUCAAAAAUGGAUUUGUAAAACUCGUCACAUCAUAUCAUGAUUUGACUGUUUUGUCGAGCAUUACUGGUCCCAUUCCCUUCUCAAGCUAAGUUUAAACUGGAGUCAGUGAUAUAAAACUCGCAUUAGCCAGUCUGCAUGAAAUAUAUAGGAGAAGUCCCAUAUUCAUCAGGAAUGGAUGAAAUUAAGAGUACCAGUGUAUUGCUUAUUUGCUUGUGAUUGGUCGCACGAAACCAGGUCACCGUGACGGAUAUACCGACUUGAAACGCUGUUUUCCAAGGAUUUUCAAGAAGCAUCGGAGAAAGGAGUCUUGGUAUUUUCUUGAUAUUUUCUAUAGAAACGGAUGCAAAGUGCGCGAGAAAACUUGUACGCAUCAUCAUGGCUUGUAACCUACGCAAAAUUUUGUCUCAUAAACAUAGAUUGACAUGGUGCAGCGUCCUUCAUGGCAGGCCCAGCUGUCAGGACAAAAGAUGUGGACCCUUAUUCCUCCUCCAGAGUGUGAACACGUCUGCAAGACAGUACAAGUGACAAUGCAGAAAGGAGAAAUCAGUAAGUCGAGAGGAAACGUGGGUAGGCUUGUUCCGAUCGUACUCGGCAACUUUUGAACAAGUUUUGGCGUUUGGAGCAAGUUUUUGUGGUUUUAGCAACUCAGAGCAAUUUUUGCCUUUCUGAGCAAUUUUUGAGAAAAACAUAGGUUUACAGCAUAUACCAAGCACGAACUGAAGUCGCCGAUUUCAUCGAAAAAAAAUUAACACAUAUCCUGUUACUUGACAACGUUUCUCUCUUAUUGCGAUCUUCAUCACAGAUAAUUGGCUAAAAUGACGUUCGGCAGGAGUAUCCUUAAAUGUCGCCCAUAUUUACGAGCAACUCUUUCAAGCUAAUUUUCUUAACCGUUUACUGUCAGCGAUUAUUGUGAAUAAAGAAAAAUAAAGCCUUUAAUUAGCGUUUAUAUAAAAAUAUCAAGAAAUUUAGGUAACAGCUUUUGAAAUUUGGUUAGAAAUUUUUUAGUAACUUUUUGGCAUUCUAGUGGGCAACUUUCCAGCAUUUUACGAGUACAGUCGGGACAGGCCUAAAUGCGGAAGAGCAAAAAUUUAUCUUAUUUUGCUCCCGAAACACGCUGAAAAAACUCAAAACGAUUUGAGUUUUUGGUUUGAUCGUAACAAUAGCAGGCCAGAUUCUUGAUAAUCUUCAAAUAAAUUAUUCAGUGCAUUAUUUCGUAGCCAGCUCCUUUCGAAAUUUUUUUUGGCGGUUGUGUGUGGGUGUGUGAACUUUUUAAGUGAACCAUUUUUUGUUUUUGUUUCAGUUGUCCUGGACACCAACCAGUGGUUUCACUCCACGAAAAUUAUUCCCACUGGAGAAUUGAGCAUCACAAUUGGAGCAGAAUACGACUGA